UACAGAGCGCGCGCGCCCGACAUGAAAGUGCCAACCAAGCGGAGAGUGUUCUGUCGCGCGCCGGACAGCGGCGGGCCCGGCUACCUCGACAGGGAGGAGCUGCUCUGCUCGAUGCUGGAGCGGCCGGAGCCGGAGGGCGGCGGCGGUGACGGUGGCGGCGGUGGCGAUGCCGCGCUGCUGCCGGCCGCCUGCUUCCUCGGCGAGUGUCGGCACCGGAAGAGCUCGCUCCAGCGCCAGCUGGAGGCGCCGCCGCUCAACAGGAAAGGCCCUGAGGCGUCGCUGGAGCCGCCGCUGGCGCUCUUCCUCGGCUACAGUACUGUGCUGCACAAGCCCACCACCUGCGUGUACAUUGAGGACUCUGUGACGUCAUUGCACCGCGCUUGUGCCACGGUCGACCCGCGACAGGCCAUCAGAGACAUCUGUCGGAGACAUCCGCAACUUGUCAACGUCCAGAAUGGCUCGGGACAAACUCCGCUGCAUGUUCUCCUCCUCUACCAGAGCCGCUGCCCGAGCCGACCGGUGCUGGAGGAGGCCUGCUCCACGCUGCUGGCGGCCGGCAGCCGGCUGGACGUCGCUGACCAGGAUGGCGACACGCCGCUGCUCUACCUGCGCUCGUUCGUCGCCAACGGGCACGCGGCGCUGGCGAUGGCGCGCCGGCCGGCCGAGAUGCAGGCGCACGUGCUGGGCGCCAUGGUGAGCCAGGGCCAGCACUUCCGGCUGUUGGGACCCGUGUUCCUGGAGCUCAAGUCGCGUAUGCGCCGCUUUUGGAGCCAGCCGGCAGAGCUGCGCCACUUGAGCUGCGAGGCGAAGUUCAUCACCAUGGAGGACACCAUGUGA